AUGCCUAGAGCUCGGCCUUUAGCCUCAGGCUCCGCCCUCACCCGAGGCCCCGCCUCUAGGGUCGACCUGUUUUCCCCGCCCCGGCACCCGCAGCGACCGCAACGGCGGCCAAGGUGCUCAGAACUUGACGUGAUGGGGCUUCCCGAGGAGCGGCGCAAGAGCGGCAGCGGGAGCCGGGCUCGCGAGGAGACCGGCGCCGAGGGCCGGGUGCGGGGUUGGUCCCCGCCGCCGGAGGUCAGACGCUCGGCGCACGUCCCCUCUCUGCAGCGCUACCGCGAGCUGCACCGGCGUUCUGUGGAGGAGCCACGGGAGUUUUGGGGAAACAUUGCCAAGGAAUUUUACUGGAAAACCCCAUGCCCUGGCCCAUUCCUCCAGUACAACUUUGAUGUGACUAAAGGGAAAAUAUUCACUGAGUGGAUGAAAGGAGCAACCACAAACAUCUGCUACAAUGUGCUGGAUAGAAAUGUCCAUGAGAAAAAACUUGGCGACAAAGUUGCUUUUUACUGGGAGGGCAAUGAGCCAGGGGAGACCACCAAGAUCACAUACCGUGAACUCCUGGUCCAGGUGUGUCAGUUCAGCAAUGUUCUCCGUAAACAGGGUGUUCAGAAGGGUGACCGAGUGGCCAUCUACAUGCCUAUGAUCUUGGAGCUUGUGGUGGCUAUGCUGGCAUGUGCUCGCCUUGGAGCUUUGCACUCCAUUGUGUUUGCAGGCUUCUCUGCAGAGUCUCUCUGUGAACGGAUCUUGGAUUCCAGCUGCUGCCUGCUCAUUACUACAGAUGCCUUCUACAGGGGGGAAAAACUUGUGAACCUGAAGGAGCUGGCUGAUGAGUCCUUGGAGAAGUGCCGAGAGAAGGGUUUCCCAGUGAGAUGCUGCAUUGUGGUCAAACAUCUGGGGCGGGCAGAGCUGGGCAUGAAUGACUCCCCCAGCCAGUCCCCACCCGUUAAGAGGCCAUGUCCAGAUGUCCAGGGUAAGCUGAAAGAGAAAUCCAAGUGCAUCCGACCCCAGAUCUCCUGGAAUGAAGGGGUUGACUUGUGGUGGCAUGAACUCAUGCAGCAGGCAGGAGAUGAGUUUGAGCCUGAGUGGUGUGAUGCCGAGGACCCUCUCUUCAUCUUGUAUACCAGUGGCUCCACAGGCAAACCCAAGGGUGUGGUGCACACAGUUGGAGGCUACAUGCUCUAUGUGGCUACAACUUUCAAGUAUGUGUUUGAUUUCCAUCCGGAGGAUGUAUUCUGGUGCACAGCAGACAUUGGCUGGAUCACUGGUCAUUCCUAUGUCACCUAUGGGCCGCUGGCGAAUGGUGCCACCAGUGUUUUGUUUGAGGGGAUCCCCACAUACCCAGAUGAAGGCCGCUUGUGGAGCAUUGUGGACAAAUACAAGGUGACCAAGUUCUACACGGCACCAACAGCAAUCCGGAUGCUCAUGAAGUUUGGAGAUGAUCCUGUCACCAAGCAUAGCCGGGCAUCCUUGCAGGUGCUGGGCACAGUAGGUGAACCCAUCAACCCUGAAGCCUGGCUAUGGUACCAUCGGGUAGUAGGUUCCCAGCGUUGCCCCAUUGUAGACACCUUCUGGCAAACAGAAACAGGUGGCCAUAUGCUGACCCCUCUCCCUGGUGCCACACCCAUGAAACCAGGUUCUGCUUCUUUCCCGUUCUUUGGUGUUGCGCCUGCAAUCCUGAACGAGUCGGGGGAAGAACUGGAAGGGGAAGCUGAAGGUUAUCUGGUGUUCAAGCAGCCCUGGCCAGGGAUCAUGCGCACAGUUUAUGGGAACCACACACGUUUCGAGACCACCUACUUUAAGAAGUUCCCUGGCUACUACGUGACUGGAGAUGGCUGCCGACGGGAUCAGGACGGCUAUUACUGGAUCACUGGCAGGAUUGAUGACAUGCUCAAUGUGUCUGGACAUCUUCUGAGUACAGCAGAGGUGGAAUCAGCACUUGUGGAACAUGAGGCUGUUGCAGAGGCAGCUGUGGUGGGCCACCCUCAUCCUGUGAAGGGUGAAUGCCUCUACUGCUUUGUUACCUUGUGUGACGGCCAUACCUUCAGCCCCACCCUCACUGAGGAACUCAAGAAGCAGAUUAGAGAAAAGAUUGGCCCCAUUGCCACACCAGACUACAUCCAGAAUGCACCCGGCUUGCCUAAAACACGCUCAGGAAAAAUCAUGAGGAGAGUACUCCGGAAGAUUGCUCAGAAUGACCACGACCUGGGGGAUACCUCUACAGUGGCUGACCCAUCUGUCAUCAACCAUCUCUUCAGUCACCGCUGCCUGACCACACAGUGAACAAGACUCUUAUCCAGGAUUUCCCUGUGCUUGGCUCUCCAAAUUUCUGCCCAUCUAUCCUGUCCCUCACCCAAGAGUACCAAGGGCCAGUGCUAGUUGACAUUUAGGUUGAAACUAGGGAGACAGUUACUUAGACUGCCAGGUCGAAGGGAACAGGGCUCAGGUCAACCAUGCACUGAUACUCUCCUAGGCUACAGAGAUCUCCAAGCCCAGAACAGAGACUUGAACACCAUGUCCUUAACCAGAGUUAGCUAUGCAGAGUGUAAGUGAGGGCCUACCUAGAAGCAGGCGGCACCUCUAAUCCUUUUUCAGCUUUCUCAGAAAGCACCAGUUCUUACCUUGGGCCUGCACUAGCCUUUAUAAGUGACAGUUAGCAAGUCUAUGAAUAAUUAUUUUUUAAAAUACUUUGUUGUCUCUGUUCUGAGUCUGAAUUCCUUGUCAAAUGAUAGCAGUGUCUGUUCAUUUGCUCAAGAGACUAGGCAAGUGGCUUCAGUCUCCAGAGGACUUCCAUAUCAUCUGCUUCGUUGAAAGAUUAAGAUAUGCUGGUCCUAGAACCAAGGGAGUUAACAUUCCUAGUCUGCACCAGGAACAGAACCCUGCCCAUGAGAGGCACUUGUAGGCGAAACUCUCUUUUCUUGUACUUUUUGUGCUAAAGACCCACUGUUGUAGGAAUAAAGUUUAUGAACUCAA